CAGAUUGUGUUUUGUAUGCACAUGUCUGUCAGAGGUCAAACAUGGCGGCGUACGCACGGAGGGCGAGUGAAACGAUGAGCUUGUUACAAGUCUUAAGAAAUGUGGUUCAGGGUGAACGACUUUUUUCUACAUCUGUGUUGAGGCAUGCUGCGGCUUCAGACGGACCUCCAAAAUUCACCCCUCCGACUAAACCUGUGAUAGUAGAAAAAACAGAGAGCGAGGGGUCUUUGCGACGGUUUCUGAGUCCAGAAUUCAUUCCUCCUCGCCAGCGCACAAAUCCCAUUAAGUUUUCAAUUGAACGAAAAGACAUGAUACAGAGACGGAAGGUUCUAAACAUUCCAGAGUUUUACGUAGGCAGUAUUUUAGCAGUGACCAUGUCUGACCCUCAUGCUAGUGGAAACCUAAAUCGCUUUCUUGGGAUCUGUGUUCAGCGCUCUGGCAAAGGACUGGGAGCUACUUUCAUCCUCAGAAAUAUAGUAGAUGGACAAGGAGUGGAGAUCUGCUAUGAGCUGUACAGUCCACGUCUACGGAAAAUCGAGGUGUUAAAGCUGGAAAAGAGACUGGAUGACAAUCUCAUGUACUUGAGAGAUGCUCUACCUGAAUACAGUACCUUUGACUUUGACAUGAAGCCUGUUCAUUAUGAGCUUUCAGGAGAUGUUCCAGUCAAUCCAUUAAAAGUAAAAAUGAGGCCAAAGCCAUGGUCUAAACGAUGGGAGCGUCCCAAGUUUAACAUUCAGGGUAUCCGCUUUGACCAAUGUUUGACCCCAGAGAUGAUGGAGCAUGCUCAGAAGUGGGCCCAACCUUGGAGGGAGUAUGAUAUGCUGCUGGAGUAUGAUACUUCCAACCUAGAAGAGCAGAUCUUGAAGGACGUACAGGAAAACCUUAGCAAGUGAGAUGUCCACAAAGACUUAUUCCAACCCGACAAAGAUAUUCCUAAGGCGGGCCCUGGUGCCAAGCUGGCAAAUGAGUGAGGGUUUGAAUUUGAUGAGAAAUGCUGAUGGCAAUAGACUCAUUCUUCCAACACCACUUCUAGGGUUGUUGAUUGGGGAAAAAAAUUUGUCUGGAACUUUCUAUGAGAAAGUGUGUCUGUGUUUUUGUACAUUAUGUUUCUCUUUCUGAUGAUGCUUGGAUACCCAUCUUCAAUUAAAAAUAACUCAAUCUUU